UAAUUUUCUAUCAUUCUUCCAUAAAAAAAAAAAAAACUUUUUUCUUUCCUUCCUUUUAAAAUAAAAAUGAAAUCAUCUUAUUCUUUUGUAGCAUUAGUUACCUUCCUUCUUAGUGUUAGUACAACUAACGCAAACAUAUUUCCAACAAAUCCUGAUGGUGGUGCUGCUAUUUUCACUCCAAAUCAAAAAGUUUCAAUUGAAUGGAAAGAUGAUGGUAAAGCUCCAAAUUUAAAAGCUUUAGGCGUAGUUCUAGUGGAAUUUAUGACUGGAGCAGAUCUUGAACAAGUACCCUUGGAACCUAUUGGAAAAGUAACCGCUACUGUAGGAAAAAUUGCUUGGGUAGUACCAGAGGUUGAUCCUCCAGGGAAAUUUUAUUUUUUAAGAUUUUCUAACGGUAAAGUUGAUGAUGUUUAUACAACAAGAUUUACUAUUACUGGUAAAAAUGGUAAAUAUCCAGCUGAAACAAUUCCUCCUCCAGCUGUUGGUAAGAAUCUUGGUAAAGUUGGUAAAAUUGUUGCAAAAGGUGAUCCGAAUGGUCCAGUACCAAAAGAAGUUGGUGUAGGAAAUCCUAAUCCUAAUGAAACUCCUAAACAACCUGCUUUACCUGCUGAUGAUACUCUUAAAGAUGAUACUCUUAAAGAUGCUAAAACUGCAAAGAAAACUCCUAAUAAUGAUGCCAAAGCUCCUGAUAAUUCAGCUAAAGCUCCUGAUAAUCCUACACCGACGAAUAAUAUUUUUCCAUCAGCUUUCGUAUCAGGAAAUAAUAAUACCAUUACUACUAGUUCAGCUUUUUCAAUAAAUUAUAAUAUUGAUAUUAUUGGAGUUUUAACUUUUAUUAGUUUAUUAUCUAGCAUGAUAAUUUAAAAUA